GGGAGUUUUUAACAUUUUUCAGCAAUUUCGUGAAUUUAGUGAUAAAGAUAACGGUGAUAAGGUGAAAUUAGCAUCUUCUGCAACUCCCGCCAACGUUCGCGUUGGAAAAGAAGGCCGGAAAAGUAUAAGAAACUUGGCGAACCGCUACUCAACUCAACUCAACAACGCUCUCCAAAAAAAUCGAAUAAUCGGCAAACAACGGAUUUAGCCCCGCAACUAAAUGCUUUAGAAUCAGGACGAUCGGCCAGUUUGUGUGCAUUUCCGAACAACCAAAUCUAUCGCCUCUACUCCCGGUAGCCCACUUCACACCAUGGAAGCCGAAAUGGAUGAAAUCAUUGCUGGGCUGAAAACUGCAACGAUUGAAAAAUGUCCCGAACGGGCACUGCCACUGCUGAAGCAGAUCUCGGACAACGAUACGAACUUGGGCGACAAGUACGACAUCAAGGGUGAUCUGCUGGAGCUGCUGCAGAUGGACGAUAGCAAGAUGCACGUACAGGUGGCGCGUUGCAUUGCGGAAGUUACGAAAACGGACAACCAGCGUGCCAAAUUCUCUCACCAGGAUGUGAUACGUCGGCUUACCGAGCUAUUGCGGGUGCCCAGCUCUAAGGAAAACUCGGUCGAUACGAUCGCGCUCGAGCUAUGCACACAGCUAUGCCGGGCAUUGGGCAAUAUUUGCUACGCCAACGACGAAGCCCGCACCAUCAUCAAGGAUAUUGGUGCUGAUGAGCGCAUUUUUGCGCUGCUCGAAUAUGACGUCGACAUGGAUGAUGACGAUCGGGAGCAGUUUGUGCGCGUUCGGUGUGGUCUCAUCUCGAACUACCUCCUCGGCAGCGAUGACCUAGCUGAACGUGCCGUCGAGCUGAAGGUGAUCGAAAAGCUUGAAUGUAUUCUUACCCGCUGUCUGGCUGAUGUGGACAAACACGAGGAACUGUUGCUCAGUGUGUUACCGCCGCUGAGCAUAUUAACCGAACAGAUCAGCGAUCUCUGCUUUCCCGCUUCGCUGAAUCGUACCAUCGCGAAGCUGCUGGCACGCUGCACCAAUCCAGAUAUUGCGGAAUCCUGCCUAGCACUGCUGCACUACGAGGCGCAAAAUGACGACGUAAAGCUACUGCUAGCCGAGGAGGGGCUUUGCGAAACCAUCUACCAGUUGCUGGAGAAGUACAAAACGUUUGCCAAUACCGACGAGGCACGUGUACUGAUGAAGCUCGCCUGUGACUUGAUUGUACUUAUACUGACGGGAGACAAAUCCAUGCACUUCCUUUACACAACCCCUCUGCUCAAGUGUAUGGAGGAUUGGCUUGACUCGUACGACGUAGAGCUGCUGACGACAGGUGUGCUUGCUCUGGGGAAUUUCGCCCGUUCCGACAGCCACUGUAUCAAUAUGGUUGAGAAUAAGAUCAUGCACAAACUCCUCUCAAUCCUGGCGAAAAACAACGGAACAGAGCACCAGAUGACACUGCAACACGCACUGUUGAGUACGCUGAAAAAUCUGGUCAUACCGAAACCGAACAAAGCGGCCGUCAUCGAGGCAGGAUUAGUGGACAUUAUUCUACCGAUGCUCGAAAUACAUCAACCACCGGUGGUAUUCAAACUGCUCGGCACAUUACGCAUGACGGUCGAUGGACAAGAAAAACUUGCCUCAGAAUUACUGCAAAACGAAAAACUCGUAAAGCAGCUAGUUUACUGGAGCCAAACUUCCGAGUUCACCGGUGUCCUUGGUGAAUCGCUCCGUCUUAUGGCGUGGCUGAUCAAACACGCGUACCAACACAAAGGCAACGAGCCUGCUAUGGAUGACACCGGGUUGCGAAAGUUCGUAGCGAUUGAAGGUGCAGUUGCCAGCUUGGUCGGUAUGCUGGCCUCGACGCAUCUUGUUAUGCAGAACGAAGCUAUGAUUGCGCUCAGCAUUCUGACCACCAUUUUCCACAGCAAAGGUGCUCCCAACGCGAAGAGCGAAGACAGUGGCACACUAGAUCGGCUACUAAUCGAAGCGGGAGUUGGUAGUAAGCUAGCCGAGCAAAUCACUCUAAAUGGAGAAUCGAUGACGAAGGAAAUCGUGGAAAACUUGCAAACCUUCGUGAAGCAACUACACGGCGGAAGUGAAUCAUUAGUGGCCCAUCUAAGAGAACACAACAUCGAUGAGCUCCUGAAAACCAUUCCCAGUUUGGUGGAGUAUUGCACGCUGUGAAGUGACUUACGAUCUUCUGCAUCUCAUUUGCUGUGAACUGGAUUCUUUCGAACUGUAUUGGUUUUGAGUAGCAAAUCGACAUGGACAAUUUUGGGCAGUGGUCUCAUCAGUAAUUAUGUAUUUUACCUGCCAAAAUGGCACCAAUUUGUGUAAUGCUACUAUGAUUACCAGCAUGUAUGCGCAACGACUUCUUAAUUAGUUUAUCUGGCUUGCUAUUGUGCCUACAACUUCUAAGCCAUGGCGUGUGUAAUAGCUGAAGCUGGCAGCUCUAGUAGUUUGCCAAUAUCUGCUGAACGAUUAGGUGACGGUGGAAGAUACCGUUGAUCGGUGUCCAAUCCGGCUUCGCAAUUGUCCAAUAUGCUUUACCAUUGAAACGAUCUCUGCUGUAGGGUAGUAGGGAAGGUUUUAAAAACAUUAAUGCCCGUGCAGGCAAUCCCAUGCUCAAACAGUUCCCAUGUGAAGACCAAAAUAGAAAUAGUGAUCGGUACGACUAGUGAGAGACACGUUACGAUCGGGUGCAAUUCACCGCAUAACGCAGAUUUAACUUUUAGGAACACGUUAAAGUUAAAGUGAUGCACCGGUUUGUUUGAUACCGAGUAGAACAAACAACACAAUUACCCUUUGUAGGACGAUGCACAGUUCGGAGGCCACACCGAUGCACAACGUUUUAUGGUUACGAUGUUAAGCAACAGAAGAAAUAUGGCCAACUGUGUUACAUGUUUUUCUCCGUUCCCUGCAUAAACAAGGUAACGGCAAUCACAAGUGAAACAAAGUAGAAAAGCGUAAAGCAUAAUAUUUUUAGUCACUUAGCUACUUUAUCUUCCUCAUCUUAGGUGAAUAGCGAGGAUAAGGGGGUUAGGAGUACUCGGCAAAACGUAUUUUAGGUCGGAAGGCUACAUUGAACAGCCGAAAGGAAAGACCGAGGAAAGGGGCUCGGCCGAUAUUAUUUGCCCAGUUACUUGGCAGAAAGAAGCACUAGCAGAAUGUUCCCGAAAAAAUCGAACAUUCGCUUACCAGACGCUGUGUGGCAGGAUUCGGAUUAACAUGAAUGCAACAAUCAAUUUAUAAUCAUACAGCAUUUAUUUAUACCCUCUAAGAGACUUACGCGCUCUAUACGCAAUACCGCAUAAUAUACAUAGUACCAAUUAGAUUUAACAAAACAGACACGCGCCGCCAGAUAGGGGGAUCAAAAUCCAACCGCAUAAGUGUAGCUUUGUAAUUGGAAGCACGGGUAGUAACCAUAACUCGUGCUCCUGCGGUUCGAUUAGACAAGUCGUCUCGUCAAAAGCAUGCCUCAUCGUUUAACAAACCAUAACAGAUAGGGAACUCAUCAGGACAAGAUGCAAAAGUAAAGAGAUAUAACAAAACUGUUUCGAGACGUUCGUUAUUUUGUCUAUUGCCGGUUGUCCCCGGCUUUUUCCAAGUAGGUUGCAACGUAGACAGUAAGCGUUGCGGUCACAAUGUUGUACGCUUUGUAUUAGCCCGUUAAAGCUAGAAGAGGUAUUAGCGUCUACAUAGAAACUUUCAUAUAACAUAUCCCCCACCCCCCAGCAGCAGGGAGGGGAGAUGUAUUUAACAGUAUUUCAAGCACCGCAUUUAAAUCACAUAUGGCUAGUCGCAGCAGCACCAUUGCUAAAGCAACAAUCCAAGGCAGUCGCAGCAGCAUCUCGUUGCUAGAUGCCUAUCUUCCGGUUCCGUGAGCAUUCGUUCGAUCACUUUCACACAGAACCAGUUGUUGGGAAACGAUUUGACGAUGAUCAUUGAUCAAAAGGAGAAACAAACACGCAAAAAACGAAGAGAAUGAAAAAUGUAAGCAAUGUUUUCAAAGAAAUUUAUUAUAAUAUAUCUAAACAUAUUACACGAAGGGUGGGUGUAUCGAAACGACAGAGGUAGGGUAGAGAAAUCGGUGACGGUAGUGGCAAAUGUUCGUUGCACCAACUACUCGCGAACAAUGCAAUGAUACAGAUACAUCUGUGAGGUUUGACCCGACCUUCCGAUAUCUAAACUCAUCAAACCGAAUAAUGCAAGGUAUCGGACAGAGAAGCGAACGGAACGAAAUAAUGAAUACAAGCAGGGAUGAGGAAAAAACCGGGCAAUCCGUAAACGAUGCACAACGACACCGUGGCCAGUUGUGUGUUUGUGCUAUGUACGAGCAUGAACGAAAGAGCAACAGAAACCAACCAACCAAACAAACCAAGUGAUUUACAAGAAAACAAAAUGGGCAAUACAAUGUUAAUUCAUAAAUAAUCAAAAGCAAAACGAACAAAAAAAUGAACUUAUAAAAUAGCGCCGUAAUUGCUAUACAUAAUAUGCGGUGCGCUUCUCGAUCCAUGAAAUAGGAUCGGUAUAGAUGUGUGGCAUGGGCGCACGAUAGACGUGCGCCCCCGGAAUAGGCGAGACAGUUUUUUCUAGUGGCAGUGUCACGUAUUUUGUAGUUCUUUCCCCUUCCCUUUUCAUCCUUUUCCUCGACGAAUCUAUUUAUUUUGUGAACCACUUGGCUUAAUAAUAAA